AUGACCAACACUCAACCACAGGGCGCUCUACCAAGUGCUACGGUUACUAAUCCCAGAGACAAUAAUCAUGUGAACGCUGUGACAACUAUGAGCAAUAGGUCAAAAGAGACACCUGAAAAGAAUUCUGAGGAAGAAGAUUUAUUGAUUGAAGUUGAUCUAGAGAUUAAAGAAAAUGAGGUUACAAGUCAAGAAGGUACUGGGGAUGAAAGGGUGGUGAAAGACAAAGUGAUUACACCAAACCCGACAGUUAAACUCCCUUUCCCCACAAGAAAUAAGAAGAAUGGACAACAUGAGAAAAACUUUGAGAAGUUCUUGGAGAUGUUCAAGAAGCUUGAGCUGAACAUUCCUUUCUUGGAGGGUAUGAAGAUACCGAUUAAAAAGAAAGAUCGAGGUUCAGUGACUAUUCCAUGUACCAUUGGGGAUAGGUCUUUCAAGAAAGCUCUUAUCGACUUGGGAGCAAGUGUAAGUCUAAUGCCAUUCUCCAUUUACAAAAGAUUGGGAAUAGGUAAAGUACAAGAUACACGAAUGAUGCUUCAGUUUGCUGACCAAUUAGUGAAAAGACCUUAUGGGGUGGUAGAAGAUGUGCUAGUGAAGAUCGAUAAGUUUGUAUUCCCUGUAGAUUUUGUCAUUCUAGAAAUGCCUGAAGAUGAAGAGAUACCAAUCAUUUUAGGGAGACCAUUUUUAAAGACAGGGAGAUGCUUAAUCGAUAUAGAAGAAGGCACGAUGACUUUGAAAGUCUAUGAUGAGGAACUAAAGAUUGAUGUGUGA